AUGGAUCAGUUUCUCCUUCAGCGGCGGAAUGUCGUAGAACAUGUAACUCCAUUCGCUGCUCCGAAGAUACCGAAUGCUUGGAAUAUAAAGGGGAAGCAAGCUGCUACAAUACAACAUGUCCCGUGGACGAGGUUUUUCUACUGUGCUCCUCUGGGUGUGAACCGACUUACUUGCAAGAAUUCCUGUGGUCCACCUUCGUGUCAAUGUCGACCUGGUUUCGUGCGCAAAAACGGGAAAUGCAUUAACAGGAAAAAGUGCUCGAAAACACCUACGAAGACGGAGACACUGAGUUUGCUGAAGGAAACCUCCCUAAGCCGUCUAACUGAGUUUCGUUCCUCUGCUCUCCAGGACAUCACUGUGAAACAGUUUCUGGACAACCGCAGUGUUUGUCUGACACUGGAAAGUGCGAAGUGGGAUAUAAUGGAUCUUGUUGUUUUAGCUCUGAACCCUACUUGUGCUGUGGUUGAUAUUGAUUGUCUUCCUGGAUACCAUUGUGAAGACACGAGCACAGGAAUGAAAUGUGCACCGGACCGAGCCCCUUCUCAAGAAAGUAAAUCAUCGUGCGCUUUACUCGAGUGUCCAGAAGGAGAAUAUUGUGAAGUUCUCGAUGACGGACCACGAUGUGUUGUCUUGUCAGAGCUGUGUGCAGCAGUAGUCUGCGCUACUGGUCAGUGUGUCGAAUUCAGUGGCAACUUUGGAUGCUUUAAUACAAGUCUGGAAAUCAGCAUGAUGAACGACCUGAACUCCAAGGUGGGCAGAAGGAUACGAGCAGCUUGGGGAGCAUUCAAGAGCAUCGAGGAUGUAGUGAAGAGGACCAAGAACACCCGACUCCGUGCUCCCCCCUUCAACACCACCGUUCUUCCUGCUUUGACCUACGCUUCAGAAGCGUCGGCGUUUUGCGAGCAGGAGGAAAAUGCGAUCAGCGUCACAGAACGCGCUGCUAUUAUCGUUGUUUUCACCGUGCCAGCUAUAGAUGCUACUGCAACUGCAAAGAUGACAGGUAUGAAAAACUCGCUGAUUUCUGAUCAAUGGAGGAAAACAGUUCUGAACCUUCAUAACGAUUUUCGUAGAACACUCGCCUCAGGAAAACAGAUGGGGAAAAAUGGUCCUUUGAACGGUGCCAAAGACAUGAAUGAGCUCAGUUGGGACUACAAUGCAGAAGUGCUUGCUCAAACAGAAGCUAAAAAAUGUGGCUCAAUCAAAGCUCCAACUGGCUACGGAUCUAUCCAGAAAAUGAUUGCUGUGAAAAAUGCAUGUGACCCAACCAAAACUGUUAGGAACGAAAUAACGACGUGGUGGAACGACGGUGCAGCUAAGCAGGAAACAAACGCUAAGGUUGCUGACAAUGACAAGUUCUCUCAGAUGGCUUACUUUGAAACUAGUGCAGUGGCAUGCUCAUACUAUCCAUGCUCUUCUACACAAUUAAGCUUGGUCUGCCUCUAUAACAAAAACGGAGCAGCAAAUGCCGUCCAGAACCUUUACACUGAAACUACAGGAACAUGCACUUGCACAGGCUGCAUUGCGUACCUUUGCCCGUCAGAAUUCACUCCUGUUAAGCUGCCAAGCUCAGUAUGUCCAACCUGCGCCAAAUCGACUGAACUCUUCAGAGAAGUUGCCCUGUAUUCACAUAAUUAUUACAGAAGAUUGGUGGCCACAGGAUGGGCUGAGGACAAAAAGAGCAAAUAUGCGAAACCGGCGAAGGCAAUGAUGCAAUUGCAAUACGACAAAGCAUUAGAAGAAAAGGCGAAAAAACACGCGAAUAAAUGCCUCACAACUCCGGAAAAUGCGGGUUAUGCAGGAGAAAGCUUUUGGACAAGCGAGAAGUACUCACUGUCUGAAGAAGAGGCCGUUAAAAAGGCCGUUGAGAAAUGGUUCAGUUACCUGAAAAACAGUGGUCUCGGAGAUGAUAUGGGCUAUGAAAGUCUUAAAAAAGCCUCAGGCAAGCAACUCGCAAAUGUAAUCCAUGACAAGACAACGAGCGUUGGUUGUUAUGUUAAAAGUUGCGCGAAGCAGGGACUGAUUGUCGUCGAUUGUCGCUAUUCUCCUGAGGCAGGUGGAGAUGUCUACGAAACUGGUAAGACCUGCAGCGCGUGCGCCAAAUCCGGCAAAUCCUGCUCGCCAGCUGGUGGACUUUGUGCCUGA